CCAUCCAGCAUUACCCAGGCUUGACUGGGGAAGAGCUUGUACUCUCCAUGGUCUCCUGCAACCUAGAGCCUCCAAUAUAUAGUCACUGGACAAUGAAAAACAACAAGACAAAUGUAAAAUUGGAGAAAACGGUGGACAGGGCAUUAGAAGGAUGCUCUGGAGAUGAAUCUGAGGAGGUGGAACCCGAGCCCCCACUGGUACCCAUACGAAGAAAGGUGUCAUUUGCGGAUGCCUUCGGUCUGGACCUGGUUUCUGUGAAGGAGUACAACAAUCGGGAUUCAUCAAGGCUGGAUGCAGAUGGUAGAGAGGGUGGGGAAUAUUACAUCUCAUGCCUCUUCAAUGUCCCAGCGUUGCACCAGGACAUGGAGGUGAGGCUUCAGCAGCAGAAGCUGGAACUGGAGCGCAUCGAACUGCUCCCUGGAUCCACCACGAUCCGGGGCAUCGUUCGCGUGCUUAACCUCUGCUUCUACAAGGCCGUCUACGUCCACGUCACUCUGGACGGCUGGCAGAGCCACUUUGACCUGCUGGCAGAGUACAUGCCCGGGUCCAGCGAUGGUGAGACCGACUGUUUCUCAUUCCACCUCGUGUUGAUCCCUCCGUUCCAGGUCGAAGGGUUGCGGGUGGAGUUCUGUCUGAGGUACGAAAGUGCUGUUGGUACGUUCUGGGCCAACAAUGGAGGGACGAACUACAUUGUCUUCUGCCACCAAAGACGAAGAAGUGAUCUGAAAGAUAAAGAGAGUGAAAAGGAGAAGUUGGUAGAGGAGAGUAACCAAAAAGGUAUCAGGAGCUGCCUUAAAACAAUCAGUAAAAAGACCUACUCGGAGGCGACACCUGCAGAGGAGAGUGGUGAGAUCUCAGAACAAGUCACACCCAGGACCGGGCAUACUAGGGAGAACAAAACAGAGAAAGAAGCAGGAAUCAAUUCCUGCAAAUCCCUUAAGGACUGCUGCAAAUCUCUGGUGGAUCGUCGUAGGAAACGUCAAGCUGCUCGUUUGGCUCGCGUGAAGGACUACUUUGCUCAGGAAGCAAUGGAAACCCAGUUGGGAUGUAAUUCCAACACAGAUGAAAGUACAACAUCCAUCCCAAAGCCGUCUAUACCAAACAAAACUGACAUGCCAGUUGUCCACAGCCAACAAGGAUGCAGUAUGGACACACCACCAAUACUAAUGUACCACCAGGUCCCUUUGCCUUCCCUGGAUUGGAGCAGUACCACAACAACACUCCCCCAAGCAAACCCUCCAGAUGUCUGUAGUAAAACAAGAUAUCAGGUUGAAGAUCACCUAGCCAUAUCUGCUUCUGAGGCCCGGGAAUCUUUUCUUAACAGCACUGAUAUGCAGCACCAAGUAUGUGUUCCUCCAAAGUCAGAAGUUUUAGUCCCAACGGAGGACAAGGGAGUUGAGGAAGACCACAGUCAAGAGUCUACUGACAGGAUAGUAAUGGAAACUAUCAAAUCUGUUCCCAUAGAGCAAUCAAAGGAUCUCAUCACGAGUCCUUCUAGAGAUCAGGUUGUGGAUUACCAACCAGUGAAAGAGCCAAGGGCUACUACCCUACCAUGUUCUACCCAGGGAUCGGAGCCAGAGAGGACGGGAAGCGAGUCAGAGGCAACUCGUGACCGCCAAGCCCCACAUCAAGAGCCCACAAGCGGUUCUUUGAGUCAAGACACGACCAAAGCUAACCCUAGGGACGAAAAUCAAACCGCACAUGACACCGAGACUCAGAAUUCAGAAGCCGGAGAUGUAAUCUCACCUGAAGAAUGCACAGGCAGCUCCGACAUCUCAAAGGUUAAAGAAAACACACAGAGAGCGGUCAAAGGCACCCUGACAUUUACGGGGAUCAUGGACGUGCCACUCGCAAAUAGACAGGCCGAGGGAUCUUCUUCAGAAAGGAAGGAUAUAAAUAAAGAUGCUGGUGAGGAGCAGGUGGAAAUGAGGGCGUUCUGUAGAGAACUACAUGAAGAGGACACGGAAAGCUGUAGAAAAGGACAAGAUGAGACAACUACGGAUCACAGCGCAGAAAUACAAGGCAAGGCAAUUAAUGAGAACGAAUUAUGCACGUCGAGCAAGAGUUUUAACAAAGACAAUACAAAGCUACUGAAAAACGAAAAGAGCCAUUUUGAGGCAAACGAAGGACUUGAAAUGAAGGAGCGACUGAAUGAGACGACUAUAGAAGCUGCUAGUGUUGAAGAGAAUGAAAUGCAUUCAGAAGAGCUUAUAGAGGACUCACGAGCAGUGGGUGACAAUUGCACAGAUGGAGAAAAGAAAGAGUUUGAGAUUCAUGCUACUAAAUUGGCACCCACCCACAUACCUACCUAUCCAACAGUUAGCACUGACCCAUCCAGGCACCUCCUUCGGUCAGCAUCUGCAAAGGAAUCUUCUGCAGAAGAGGACGUUGAGCUUGGGAAGACCCUCAGAAACUUUCAAGAACCCCAGAAAUUGGACGGAGAGGAUGAACUUUCCACGCCGUUACCCAGCAUUCACCUGUCCUGGGUGGGCGGCAACAGCAGUAGGCUGUUGAGAGAAUUCUGCUCACUGGGUCACAUGGCCAAGGGUCUUGUGUAUGCUCUUCUGUUUGUGAUCUUCAUAAUGGCGUUUCUCUACAACCUGCCAGCCUGCAUGGCCCUCUAUCUGUUUUCUCUGUGCUGGUGGUGCAGCCAGGGUAUGAAGCAGCGUCUGGAUGGGGCUGUUGAUGUGGACUGACACCACACAUUAUGUUCUUGAAAGGUUCUGAGGACGUUAUUGGCAAAUUAUGUGUGGCGCUGAAAUGAAAAGUGAUUCUAUGGGCCCAAAAUCACUUGAUAAAAUGAGAUUUAGUAGGGCAUUUUUUUUUUGUUUCUUUAUUGUCACUUGUGUUUCCAUUAAAAGUCCCAUUUGAAA